AUGGCGGCCACGACGGCGAGUCUGGCGGGUUUGGCGACGGUGGCCCAGCUGGCUUUGUACGUCCACGGGCUGGUCACGAAGAUCACCGGGGCGGCGGAGACUGCCCGGCAGAACAAGCUGGAGUGCAAGAAUCUCGCGAGCCGCGUAUCCGUGAUCGGCGACCUGCUGCUGCAGCUGCAGGACCCGGCGGUGGCGCAGCCGCUGGCCGGGCUGGGCCACACGCUCCAGGAGGCGCACGAUCUCGUCGUCGCUUGCCAGAGGUGGAGCGCGCGCCGGAAGUUCUUGUACGCCGACGACCAGGCCGAGAGGUUCAGGGAAGUCAACCGCAGGAUCGACUCCCACCUCAUCCUCAUCCCCUUGCUCAGCCAUAUCUCCAUUACCCGCCGCCUCGACCAGGUCUGUCCUCCGAAUCCCACCAGCGUUCUUCUACCAGUAGCGCCAACAAUGGUUGUUGGAUCUGCUUCUGCGCAGCUGCAGGAGCCUGCGAUGGUCCAGUAUGCAGCUGUGGAGUUCGCGUCGGCGGAGAUCGCGGUCUUGACCGGAAACUUCGGCCAUGUGCUCAGCGAGGACGGCUCCGCAACGGUGUACAAGGGUCGUCUUCACCACGGCCUGGAGGUGGCGGUGAAGAGCCUGAAGAAUCACGGGCAGCAACGCCACGAACAAGAGGGUGCGUUCGUGGCGGAGCUCGAGACCCUCUGCCACCUCCGUCACGACCACGUCGUGCGCCUCGUGGGCUGGUGCGCGGAGGACGACGAUCGCAUGUUCGUCUACCAGUACCAGCACACGAGCAACGGCACGCUCAGGGACCACCUGCAGGGCGGCGGCUUUGCGUCGCCGGUGACGUCGUCCUGGAAGGCGCGUGUCAUGGCGCUGCUGGGCGCGUCCAGGGCCAUCGACCACCUGCACCGCGUGGCCACUCCGCGGAUCAUCCACCGCAACGUCAGCUCGUCCAGCAUCCUUCUGGACGAGAGCUGGGCGGCCCGCGUGUCCGGCUUCGGCGCGGCGGUUUUGCAAGAGCCGACGGCCGACGGCCAGCUCGUCGGGGAGGUUGCCGGUACGUUGGGGUACAUCGACCCGGAGUACCACCGCACGCGGCGUGUGAGUCCGGCGAGCGACGUGUACAGCUUCGGCGUCGUCAUGCUGGAGUUGCUGACCGGUAGGCCGCCUAGCUGGGAGAGUAAGGACCCGAACAACUUGGCUGGCUUUGCUGCCCCGAUCAUCGAGAGGGGGGACCUGGGGUCUGUGCUGGACCGGCGCCCGUCGCCGGCGCCGACCCCGGGGCAGAUGGAGGCGCUGAAGCUCGUGGCCUACACGGCAGCACGCUGUCUGUGGCCACAGCCACAGGACCGCCCCGCCAUGUCAAACGUGGUGACCAACCUCGAGGCGGCGCUCGGGCUCAUAGACAGCGAUGAGCCUAAGCAAAGCUAUUAG